AUGUUCUCCAAUUUCACGAACAUCGUGCAAAAGGCCCAGCAGCUCAUUGACCCGACCCAGGGCCUCAAUCUGACGAGCUCCGAUCGAAACCCUUCCAAGGCCUCCCUGUUCCAGAACCAGUUCCGGUUGCCGUCGUCGCAGAACCCCCUAUACGAGAUCAAUGCCGAGCUCACCAUCCCGCCCUCCAACGCUACCCAGGGUGAUAAAGACCACGAUCGAGGAUGGCAUUACGCCGGGAAGCUGCAUCUGUCCGAGUCGUACAUGUGCUUUUCAACCACGCCUACAAGCUUCGCACAGUCUGCUAGCACUUCCACCUCUUUGGCCUUCACCGGCCAGACCCAUGGCGCGGGGCCAAGCGGCAAUGGCUUCACUUUCCCCUUGUGCGCGAUUAGACGAGUUGAGAGAUUAAAUAGUCAGAAUUUCCAGUUUGCGCUUGCCAUCACGACCUGGAAUGGUCUGCUAGCGGACACCCCCAAAGACAAAGACAAUAAUAAAGAUGUUAAAGACGCGAAAGAACAACGAAUUACCAUUCAUCUGGCUGGCUCCAGACCUGCCUGCGAGCGAUUCUGCGAUGGACUAAAGAGGGGCUUGAGAGCCGGCGUCGGCAACGUCGGCAAGCUGCGCAAGGUUGUCGCUGAGUGCUAUUCCGAACACCUCCUGCGAUCUGAGGACCGAAAGAACGCCAGCCCACCGGAUGCCGGUCUCGGCAUGGUAUUUAGAUACCCUGGUGACCCGAAGAAGCUGCGGGACAGGGCCAAGAUGCGACUUUGGGCCGAGUACUUGCGAGACAACGGAAGAAACACAACUUUAAUGCGUCAACCGACGUUCCACAAACUCAUUCGCGUCGGUUUGCCGAAUCGCUUACGCGGAGAGAUUUGGGAGUUGACAUCUGGCUCACUGUAUUUGCGACUGGAGAACCCGACUCUCUAUUCGGACACCCUGACUAAAUUCGAAGGCCAAGAGUCACUCGCUAUUGACGAGAUUGAAAAGGAUCUAAAUCGAAGUCUGCCCGAGUACCCUGGUUUCCAAAGUGAAGACGGUAUUGGUAGACUUCGUCGGGUUCUCACCGCAUAUAGCUGGGUCAAUCCUGACGUUGGAUACUGCCAAGCCAUGAAUAUUGUCGUGGCGGCGCUGCUAAUCUACAUGUCAGAGGCACAAGCUUUCUUCCUGCUUUCGUCUCUUUGCGACCGUCUUGUUCCAGGGUACUACUCGACGACCAUGUACGGCACCCUACUAGACCAGAAAGUGUUUGAAUCACUGGUUGAGAGAACCAUGCCGAUCCUGUGGGAGCAUUUGGUGAAGAGUGACGUGCAAUUAUCGGUGGUCUCGCUACCCUGGUUCUUGUCGCUAUAUAUCAACUCAAUGCCCCUGAUAUUCGCCUUCCGCGUAUUGGAUGUCUUCUUUGUGGAGGGACCAAAAGUGCUGUUUCAAGUCGGUCUUGCGAUCCUGCGCAUCAACGGCGAGGAACUUUUGGAUGCGGCGGAUGACGGUGCCUUCAUUUCCGUCCUGAAGUCAUACUUCUCCAGGCUGGACGAGUCAGCCCACCCCAAGUCUGAGAACCCCAAGCUCCGAGCUGUCACCAGAUUCCAAGAGCUCAUGGUUGUCGCUUUCAAGGAAUUUUCUGGCAUCACCCACAGCAGCAUCACUGAGUUGCGACUAAAGAACAAGGACGCGGUGCUAAACAACAUAGAAAAUUUCGCCAAGAGAACCGCGAUUCGAAAUUUAGGCCCUGACAGCAAGCUACUCAACACUGAUGAGCUCGGUGCCUUGUAUGACAGAUUCUACAGCGUCUUGUAUGAACGACAACAGCGAGAUCUCAUGAUUCAAGAAGAACAGAAGCGCCGAGCCAAGACAAGUAGGAUGCGAGCGUCGGAAAUCUUUUCGUCUGCGCCCAACCAAGUGGAAAAGGGCCGUGUCGGCCUCGGACCAAGCACCAGUCUUAUGGACUAUGACGCAUUCCGAGAAUUCCUCGCCAGCAUGUGUAAAUGGGCCAUAUCUGAUUCCCCCGGAAGUUCUAGGAGAGACACCAUGGCUGCCGAUGACAAAUACGCCAAGUUCAAUAGCGCCCGGAGAGCUCCAGAUGCCAUCUCUCCUUGGGGCACUGGCCCAGAGCCGGCGGAGCACGAGUUCCUACAGCGUCUGUACAAGAAGUGGGAUGUAGACGGAAACGCGGCUUUGACACUGCAAAACGUUGUCACCGGGUUGGCGGGUAUUAAGGGCAAGCGGGACAUUAUGGGCACAAUUACAUAUUUCUUUGAGCUGUACGAUGACGACGGGGAUGGCAAGGUUGACCGUGAAGGUAUAUUGCGGAUUUCCGAGGCGCUGCUAUUCCUGUCACGACGCGGACUCGAAGGAACCCUCAGCCCGAACGCCUCGAGCCUGGCGCUUAAUGGUGAAUCCGGCAGCGCACAUGAGUCCCAGGCAAGCUUACCAGCAAGUCUACCCGUCAAUGAACGGUUCCUUGGCAGUGUGAGUGCAUUUAUUCGCCGGUGCUUUGAGUACGCAGAUCCAGACCACCCGCAGAACCAGGGCACGAAUGAUACGUCGCAAGAUGGUGGAGCGGACUCGAAUGCGAAUGCAUUUGCUAUCGGAGAUGACGAGGAUGAGGAGGACCUGUUGAGCCUGGAAUCUCCAUCAGGAUCACCAUCGAAAGCAAAGAAGCCCAAGGAACUGUCCCCGGAUGGAGAUGCGCAAGUCGAUGGGGCUAACAACGAGUCACAACGAAAAGUAUCCAAGGCGAAAUCAGAGGCGGCCAACGCUGCACUGAACCCAGCACAGCCUCUACAUAUGACCCUGCCCACAUUCAGAAUGGUGGUUCUAGCUGAGGAGCUUCUGGAGCAGUUCUUUGAGUCUUCGUUCCCCUGCUCGUUCCACGUCAUCGAGGGUCUUCAGAACGCAGCACUAGCACCACAAAGCUCUUCACUAACCACGUUUGCCAGCCUUGGUUUCAGCUCUAGACCUCCUGUCCCCGUUCAACCUGGACCCCAUGGAGCAGGGCGUGGCUUGCGAGGUGUACUGGACAACAUUGUCACAGACGGAAUGCGGGUGGCAACUGAGGUACGACGACGGAUGGAAGAGGCACAGAAGGAACUGGAGAAGAAUGCACUGCCUGGACAGCGGCCUGAAGACGAGGAAGAGGAUGAUGACGAUAUUGGCAUCGCAGUUGGAGCCAGAAAAGGACCCGGUGGACCCAGUGGGGAUAACCGAUCGGUCAAGAGCUCUGAUCGCGACUUAUUAGACGGAUUAGACGCGGGGGCGGGGGCAUCAUUGAAAGAGCAGGACCAGAAUCUUAUAGAUGUCAACUCGGGAGAUGGCAGACCACGAGCAGAGACGGCUGCGGCGCCGGGGACAGGCGUAGUUGAGUUUGAGGGCUAG